GGUUGUAUUGAAAUUUCCUGGUUGAAAGGGAAAAUUGACUUCGAUGGUGUUAUCAACGCUCAAGUGUGUGGGGAUAUUCGUGGUUUCUUUGGCCUUCGUCGUGCUUGUCAAUAUUGUUCUCCAGUCGAGAUCGCUAAACAUAAAUAGCAAGGUAAGCCUUCAAAUAAAGCACCACUGAUACUUUCCAGCAACAAAACAUCCGUGCAUAACUGCUAAGCCAUCGUUUUAUAAUUAAGUGUAAAAAUCUAACGGGGCAUGAUUUAUUUUGGAGACAUGACAUUUUAAAAAACAACAAUUGGUAAUUACGAUAUCCUUUUCCGACGUCGGUUAAUGUUUCUAGUUGCCGAAAUCAGGGAAAAGACAACAAAACAGUGAAUUGCCGCAGCUCUCUACUUGGUCAAAGGGACUACAUGUAUGUCACCACUGGGGCUACGCGAGCCAAUGAAAAGAAACUUGUGGAAACGUCGACAGCCCGACUUUUUCAAGCCAUGUUGGAGAUUUUGGAAGGCUCUUUUUAUCCGUUUAAAUAUCAGUCAUCGUUUGAUAGUUAGGGCAGUUUUGUAUUAGGAAUCGUUUUAUGGUGAUUACAUAAGACGUUUUUGCGUUGUUUUUGAAAUUGUUUUUCCUUAGAAUUUCUUUUAGGUGGAUUUACUUUGUCCUCUUGUCAGCGACCGUUGUACUGGCAACGACCAAGAGAGAAUUAAGGACUGCUACUUCAAAAAGAGUGAUAGAAUAUUAGAUGGAGCAGAACCUUUCUGUUCAGUUAUUUUAGAGGCUUCUGGCUCUUAGAUAUGUUUUUGUGUAUGUGCUCAAAGUAUGUGGACGUAUAAUGAAGCGGGUAUAUCGAGUUGGCGGCGGCAUUCUUCAUUAAACGAUUACAACAGAAUGGCCUUGAGUUUCCUGACGAAACUCAACUUCUGGCGAAGGAAACUCUAUAGAAUCUGGCUAGAUUCGUUCUUGCAUUUAGGGACUGUGCAAUAAUUAUCAGGAGGGGGGCUGAAAAACUAGAGGGGGGGCAUUACAUAAAAUUGCUGCCAAGAUAGGGGGGGCUCAAAGUAAAAUCACUCAUUUGACGGAGGGGGGGGCCUUAAGUUUUAUUCGAAAUGUAAAUAAAAUUAAAUGCAAUAAAAGAUUCUCAAUACAGGCAUCAUGAUAGACUGUAAGAAAUAUCAACACGAACAGCUGUCAAAUGAUUAUUGAAAAUAUUCCAUCAAAAUGAAAAGCAAAUUCACAACUGACUUUUAACCCGUCUUCUAAUUAAUUGAGCUGAUCCUAUGUAAAGCAAAAAUCAUGAACUUGUUUUUCAGCUUCCCCCAUAAAACAAUGGGAAUCAAACAGAUCUCGUAGACAAGCUUUGUCGGUUUUUGAUGUGAAUAAAAGUAAUGUUUCUUCAUCGACUGAAUCGAUUUGCUGAGUUCCAUAUAUAUGUGGCUCAUAACAAAGUUCAACAGGCUCUCCUCCCAAGGAUCUAAAUAUAAUGCAAGCUCUUUUUCGUCUGUUAUGUGAAGCGUUCAAUCUCCUGUUCUUUGAUUUUUUUCUCUGCUCCUUUCUCUUUCUGGCUUCAGAAAUUUUAGAUUUUGAGCCAAUGUGGUAAGCACCCCUGUACUUAGCAAAUGCUUUCUCUAAAUCUUCAAUUUCAAUCAAGCGAUCAACAUCCUUUUCGAUACUAGAUGUUACAUAAUAACGUUUGUUAUUAUUGAAGCUGUGAUGGCAGCUCAGUCCAGUUUUGAGUUUACCAGUGUUGUGAGAGGGGGGGUGCGACGUUAUUUUUAACAUAACAGAGGGGGGGGUAGAACUUAUUUUUUUUGUUUUGGAGGGGGGGGUACUGUCUAAGUUUUUGCUAGAUAACUCUAGUUUUUCAGCUCCCCCCCCCCCGCUCCUGAUAAUUAUUGCACAGUCCCUUAUCUUGAUUCACGACCGUUUGCUUGUCCAGUUUAUUCGUAACGGACUUAGAAAGGCACCAGCUUAUAGAUACAGUGAAUGCCAUGUCUUUGAACUGUUUGUGUUCGAGUAUAUUUGCUCGGAUUUUUGGAAAACAGCAAAGUUACUCUCCCUCUCGUUAUUCUACGACUUCUUAGAAUGGAGUAGUAUACAAAUGAUACUUUGUUCUGUUUCUCUCGACGUUGCAGUGAUUCGGCACGAUCAAACAAUUUUGAGCGAUAAUAAUAAUAAUAAUAACAAUAAUAAUCCUCAGUUUAUUUCGAAGGAUAAAAUACAUAUCCUAAGUUACAAUGAAGUCAACUAUCAUUAUAAAACCUUAUUUUUACGCUUAAUUUAACCUAUUUACAAAAGUUGUACUAAAGCUCUCCGUGUUUACUUUUGGCAAAAGGCACCCUACCAUGCGUAAUAUAUAUUUCGUUUCUUUUCUCUCUGGUAUUAUCCAACUUAGGGAAUGGCUUAGGGGAUUGAUUUCCGAAAAAUAGAGCGUUCUUGGCUUUCAAGUAGACUAAAAAUGUCUACUGGAAAUGAAAUGAAAUGCCGCUUAUGAAAUCUCUUCAGAAAACACUGAACUAAACUAAGAUCUGAGUCAGAGGCGCUAUAACACACCAAUAAACCGUACAAUACAUUUAUCAAAACAGUGGCCUUAAACAUGUGAUCGAUUUCAUCCUGGUUGUAUUGUUCUUUGCGCGAUGUCUUUAAUACGUGCAAGCAUUUGUUUGCUGUAGUUAAUUUGAUGUUGACAUGACUGCUAGACUUUGAAUCACCCUGAAAAAUUAAUCCUAAUAGGCAAGAUCCUUCAAUUGGUUGAUGCCACUAAUGGGUGCGUACGUACGGACUACCUCAUCAUUGUUUUCCUUCCUAAAAAUAAGUUCCCUACAUUUACUUGGAUUACACGACAUGCGGUUAUCUUUGAACCACUGAUGUUAAAAACUGAUUUACUAGUUCGGGUGAUGUGUCAUGAUUGUAUCAGACAGGUGCGACUAAUGUAGAAUCAUAUGCAUAUUUAAAUAAAACAGGAUCAGAAUUGUGUUCAAUUUCUAAAUCAUUAAGAAAAUAUUAAACAAGUACGACCCGCUCACGCUAUCCUGAGUGGUACCUUUGUGAAAUUGUGAUAAAUGUGUGUUUCCCGAAGAUCAAAAGCAAGACAUCAAAGACACAGCGUCGCUUUUGUUCUGUUAGCAUAAAAGUUUUAAAAUAACUGAGCGACAGACAAGUCUAAAUGUUAGUGAUUUGAAACAGUCUUGGUCUUUAUCUUUGGUCUAGAGUCUUUUGUAGGUCGUUCAUAAAAUAAAACUUAGAUUUAUUAUCUUGAUUAGCAGACAAUAAUGUUGUUAUUGAAUUUUUGUUUGCGCACUACAGUAAAAUUAGCCUAACACUUUUAUUCUGGACAACGAAAUUGAGAGAACUUGAUCUAGAAUAAUAACCAGUGAAGAAAGAUUCCCUACAUUCUAUCAAAAAAUCCAUUGUCCGAACCCAAUUAACUUGUAAACGUUGCUGUAAAUUUUCGCUUUCUGUACGUGAAAGAGAAAUUCACACCUUAAAAACAGUAGAAUUUUGACAGAUGUGAUUAAUUUGUAUAACCUUAGCGCGCAUGCUCGCCAGUUGACAUAGCUCUUUUAAGUUAAAAUCCCCUUGACUCCCGCUUCUCUCUGAGCAAUCCCACAAGUACCUGCACCUGCACGUUCGACCCAGGCCAUUACUUUUUUCCACUGCGAGCUAUUAAACUAAAUCACUGCUAUUUCAUUGCUUUUUUUCUUUUUUUAAUCAGGUUUUCCAAGGGUAUAAUGCUUCUCAGGAAGAGGUGAGGAGUAAAAUGUUACAAUUUUCUUCUUAACCUUCUCUCCACGUGCUUGUAUUUCAAUAGCUUAGUCUUACCCAAAACAGUAUUGCAGAUCGCGAUCAUCUAUGUAUAACCCAUAAUGCCAAUGAUGCUAUGCCAUUUUGCAGAUUUUGAGGUCAGUGGAUAACAAAAAAAAUAGAAAUAGAAAGGAAGAAGUCUUUUCCAUAGUUUCAGACGUUUUGCGGAGUCUGCGUGAACUAUGGAGGGACUUUCAUAUCACGGAGAGGGAGGUUGUAGAUUACCCGACAGAAAUUCAGAAUAUAUAAACUCCCAAACGCAAGUGGGCGCUCCAUCCAUUGAGAACAGAGAGUGGGGAAGAGAGAGAGGGGGGGGGGGGAGGGGGACAGGGAGAUAGAGUAGAGAGCAAUUUUGAAGGCCAUAUACUAGGUUCAUAUGCGUAACUUGCGACAAUACUUGUUGUAGGGUUUCACUAAGUGGGAAAGGUGCAAAAGGCUUAUAUCUGGACAGGACACACUGAACAAGACUGGAACCCUGUCUAAUGACUCAGAAAUUCUGGGUAUCUACAGGCUGGAUCAAGAUUGUGCGCGUGUUUUACAAACUCGUUUUGUUCAUCCUCCUGUGUCAAAAGAAGAAGAGCAGCUACCAAUCGCUUUCGGUCUGACUGUUCAUAAAGGUGCUUGUCUGCUUGAGCGACUUCUUCGAGCUAUUUACAUGCCAAACAAUGUCUACUGUAUUCAUAUAGAUAAAAAGGCUUCAGCGGUCUUCCGUACUGCAAUAAUGGCCAUCAUACGCUGCCUUUCAAACGUUUUUAUCGCAGCAAACAGUGUUGACGUCGUCUGGGGACAUAUUACUCUAGUUGAAGCUCAAUUCAGUUGCAUGGAAGAGUUGCUGAAAUCACCAGUUAAAUGGAAAUAUUACAUUAGUUUAGUGGGACAGGAUUUUCCUCUAUAUGAUAACAAGCAGAUUGUACGAGCGUUACAAGGUCUCAACAACACAAACAACAUAGGCAGCUUUCCAAUGCCUGAGCAUUUUUCCAAUCGAGUUAAUUUUGUUCACAUAAUGAAAGGCCACGCUGUUCGUAGAACAAACAUACCAAAAGUGCCACCACCUCACAAUAUUUCAAUCUAUAAAGGAUCCACUCAUAUUAUUGCUUUAAGAGAAUUUGUCGACUUUGCCCUUCACAGCCAAAUAGCAAAAGACCUCUAUGAAUUCUUAAAGGAAACUAAAGUGCCGGAUGAAGUGAUAUACGCUUCUCUACAACAACUUUCAGAAGCUCCUGGGGGAAUCAAAGGAAAUCAACUAAAGUGGAUUCAACGAGCUAUGCUUUGGAAUGGUGGUAGAAGUUACCUUCGGGGUUGUCUUGGGAUGUGGAAGCGAGAGAUUUGUUGGAUUUCGCUAAAAGAUUUACGCUGGGCUCUAAGAGAAGACAACAAAGAGAAACUUUUUGUUCAUAAGAUUCCGUUUGACUUUAACGAGGAAUUAAUAGAAUGCAUUCUUGUGGCAAGGCAGGGUAGAAAAUACGCCACGGCUUUGUGGAAAGGAGAAGAGAAUGUCCAGAAAGAAUAA